AUGUGGUGGACCCUCACUGCUGCCAGAUUGUCUCUAGGAAGUGAAUACUUUGGUCUGAGGAGGCCACUCUUGGGUGAGCAGGGAAAGGGGGCCCAGACAGUGCCAGUAUUCAAGACCUGUGGUACCCCAUCUCCAACCAUCCUGCUCACACUUCUACUGGCUGCUGACAAUAAAAGUCAUCACGCCUCACUCUCCAAAGUGUCUACACCAGACUUUCAGGCCCAAAGUGAGAUACAGGGCCUGGCAGUAGUACAUGGAUUCACAGCUGAAGCCAAUGAGGAGACUUCCUCUAUUUCCAGUUGCUCUUUCAACUUCUCUUACCCCUCCACCUCUGCCUCCCCGCCUUCCUCUCCUGUGAUCCCAGUCUCCCUAGAGGUGGAGGAGGAAGAGGAGCCUGCUGCAACACUGAGUCCUCCCCAGAGUCCUCAGAGCUCCUGCUCCUUCUCUGCAUCAUGGAGCACAUUAGGAGUCUCCAACAGCCAAGAAGAAGAGGAUACAAGUUCCCCUCACACCUCAAAAGUCACCAAAUCUUUGCCCAGAGACCCACUAGAUGAGAAGGUGGCUGAUUUGGGGCAUUUCAUGGUCCUCAAGUAUCUACUGAAGGAACCCAUCACAAAGGCAGAAAUGCUGAAGGUUGUCAUCAAAAGGUACAAGAAACAACUCCCUGUGAUCUUCAAGAAAGCUUCUGAGUGUUUGGAGGUGAUUUCUGGCAUUGAUGUGAAGGAAGUGGACCCCACCACCCACUCCUAUGUCCUUGUCAACUCCCUGGACCUCACCCAUGAUGAGAUGCUUAGUGACAACCAGAGCAUGCCUAAAAAUGGUCUCCUGAUAAUCAUCCUGGGUGUGAUCUUCAUAGAGGGCAAUUGUGCCCCUGAGGAAGACACCUGGGAUUUCCUGAAUAUGAUGGGAGUGUAUGCUUGGAGGGAGCAUUUCAUUUAUGGGGAGCCCAGGAAGCUCAUCACCAGAGGUUGGGUGCAGGAGAAUUAUCAGGAGUACCGGCAGGUGCCUAGCAGUGAUUCUUUACACUAUGAAGUUUUGUGGGGUUGCAGGGCUCAUGCUAAAACCAGCAAGGUGAAAGUUCUGGAAUUUUUGGCCAAGGUUAAAGGUACUGACCCUACUUCCUUCUCAUGCUGGUAUGAGGAGGCUUUAAGAGAUGGGAGGGCCCAGGCCAGAAAUGGCUCCAUGGAUAAUACUACUGCCAUGUUCCUUGCACAACAUUGGUCAGCAGCUUUUCCUGUCCCGACUGGAGUGAGGCUGAACCAUCACUCUGUGUUUGAGGAGGGCAGUCUUGGCUCCAAGUAG